AUCACACUAUAACACAGCACUGUUUGGCGCCUUCCUCACUCGAGGGCUCCUCUGCUUCUCAACUCUUUCAAUGGCGACUUCCCUCCUUUUCCCUUCUCCCACUUCCUCUUUCGACUAUUACCGGUGCUCUCUUUCUCUCUCUCUACAUAUAUAUGUAUGUGUGUGUGUGUGUGUGUUUGAAAUUUCUAUGUAGACCUCCUUAUUUUACUGGAUUGGGUUCUUGCGAUUCCUAGUCGGUGAUUCCGCGCUAAUUCUAAUUUUCUUAUGCAUUGUCUUCUAAUUAGCUUCUGUCGCAUAUAACUGAGACUCUGUUAAUCUAUUUAGUUAAUAUUCAGUUUUGUUUCGGCGUAGAAAUGUAGGAUUUUAGCCAAAAGGGUUUCCAGCUUAAUUGUUCGUGUGUAUAAUCAUGAACGAACAUGGUGAUUGUUGUGAUACACAACUCUGAUGUGUGUUUCUCAUAUAUAUACAUUUUUUCCCGAACAAAUUUCAGGGUGAACCAAGUGUUUAUAAAUUUGCAUAUAGGCCACUGCCAAAGAGGCAUAAUGUGCUCUUCAGUUUAUCUUCAAAGCCAGAAGGGUAUCUGCAAGCUUUACAUGAUACCGGUUCGACAUUUUCGGUGGGAGCCUUUUGUUACACUUAGUUCAGUAGAAACAGGCAGAAACCCACGAAAGUAUCGUGCUUCUAGUGUUCCGACGCUGCAAGAUUCUGAAAGGUCUGAAACAUUGCUGGGCAGCUCAAGUAGCACAUUCGAUGGCAUGUCUGAUUUUGAGAUUCAGUUGCAAGAAUUGUUCAAUGAAGUCAAAAUGAUGAUCAAGACUGGAAAUGAAAAUGAUGCAGUAGAUCUACUCCAAGCUAAUUACGAGGCUGUGAAAGAACAGAUUGAGGCGGGUGCAAGGGGGAUUGAAGUAGUUGCCCUUCUUGACAUUAUUGCCUUGGGUUACAUGGCUCUUGGAGACUUGAAUAUUGUAGACUCUGUGCUAGAUACAAUGGAUGGUCUGCUUGACCAUAUAAAGGAUGGUGAACCACUUUUAGAUUCAAUUCUCAUUCAUGUAGCAAGCAUGUAUUCCACUUUGGGAAAUUUUAAGAAAUCCAUUCUCUUGUAUCAGAGAGUUACGGAGAUUUGGGAGUGCAAAUAUGGGAAAAAUAGUGCCUUCCUUCUCACAUCUUUAUUGGGAAUGGCAAAAGCUCUGGGUUCUGCUGGAAGAGUUACAAAGGCAGUGGAAACCUACAAUCGUUCAAUAAUCAUAUUGGAAACAAGCAGGGGUGCUGAAAGUGAGGAUUUAGUUGUGCCUCUAUUUGGGCUUGGCAAUCUUUUGAUAAAGGAAGGAAGAGCUGCAGAGGCAGAAAGUAUUUUCGUUAGGGUUUUAAAGAUAUAUUCUAAAUUAUAUGGAGAUACAGAUGGAAGGGUUGGAAUGGUUAUGUGUUCCCUAGCUCGUGCCAAGUGUGCCAAAGGUAAUGCAGUCGAGGCCAUUGACUUAUACAAAAGAGCUCUUCAGGUCAUCAAGGAUGCAAAUUACAUGGCUUUAGAUGACAGUAUAAUGGAGAAUAUGAGAAUAGAGUUGGCAGAGUUACUGCAUGUUGUGGGGAGAGGUAAAGAAGGUCGAGAGUUGUUGGAGGAAUGCUUGUUUAUCACCGAGAAGUACAAAGGAAAAGAACAUCCCAGCUCAGUGACACAUCUCCUAAAUCUUUCAGCCUCUUGUUCUCGGGCAAAGAAUUUUGUUGAAGCUGAGCGCUUGCUGAGGACAGCUUUGGAGAUCAUGAUGAAAGCAGUGGGUCCUGAAGAUCAAUCCAUCACCUUCCCUAUGUUGGAUCUUGCAGUUACUCUCUAUCAGUUAAACCGGGAUGAAGAAGCCGAGGAACUUGCUCUGAAGGCUUUGCACAUCCGCGAGAAGGCAUUUGGAAAAGACUCCCUUCCUGUUGGGGAGGCGCUCGAUUGUCUGGCAUCCAUCCAGGUUAGGUUAGGGAGAGACAAUACUGAUUUACUAGAUCUGCUCAAUAGGAUUCUAAGAAUUCAAGAGAGAGAAUUAGGGUUUGAGAGUGAGGAGAUCAUCGUUACGCUGCAAAAAAUUCUCGUCUACUUGGAUAAACUAGGGAGAAAGAACGAGACAUUUGCCUUGCAGAGAAGACUCUCCCUACUUACAAGGAAAUACCAGCAAGCGAUUCGGUAUUAAUGGCAUAUAGCCUCAAAAUUGCCCAGACAGGUCUUCUUCUUCUUGGAAGGAAGUACCAUAUAUAUUCAACCAUUUUGUGUGCAUAGUUAGGAUCUGGUUUGCUUAAUUAGUGCUUGUCUCUGAGUUAUUAGAAGUGUUAAUACAGCUUAAUUACUGUUGAAAAUACUCUUAAUACAAAAUGUUAUAUCAUGUUUAAA